AUGAUGAUUCCCAAAUUCAUUGGCUCUCUGAGUCAAUUGAAAGAACUCAAUCUUGCAUAUGCUAAUUUCAGUGGACCUGUUCCUCCCCAACUUGGAAACCUCUCUAAUUUGCACACUCUUGAUCUUUCCUCCAAUGAUUUUGAAGGAAUGAUGAUUCCCAAUUUCAUUGGCUCUCUGAGUCAAUUGAAAGAACUCAAUCUUGCAUAUGCUAAUUUCAGUGGACCUGUUCCUCCCCAACUUGGAAACCUCUCUAAUUUGCACACUCUUGAUCUUUCCUCCAAUGAUUUUGAAGGAAUGAUGAUUCCCAAUUUCAUUGGUUCUCUUAGUCAAUUGAAAGAACUCAAACUUGCAGAUGCUAAUUUCAGUGGACCUGUUCCUCCCCAACUUGGAAACCUCUCUAAUUUGCACACUCUCGAUCUUUCCAGGAACAAAUAUAUUAGUUCAGAAAAUCUUGAGUGGUUAUCUCAUCUUUCUUCCUUGAGAGACUUGAGCAUGUCUGGGCUGAAUUUGUCUGAGACUCUGAAUUGGCCACAAUCUUUAAGCAAGCUCACUUUACUGACAGGGCUUCAGUUAUACCAGUGUAACCUUCCUGAUAUAGCCAAUGUCAACAGCAACUUUGUCCAUAUUGAUCUCCGUGCCAACAAUCUUGAAGGUCCCAUCCCAGAUGUCUUCACAAGCAUGCUUUCUCUAGUAACACUAGAUCUGUCUUGGAAUAAACUUGAAGGUGGGAUACCAAAAGGCUUUCAAAACUUAUGCAGCUUAGAGUCGUUGACCUUAUCCUCAAACCAAUUGUCUGAAAAUAUUGAGGACUCUGUUAAAACCUUGUCUUGUGCUGAGAACACACUUGAGAACUUGGACUUGAGUGAAAACCAGUUUUGGGGGUCCUCGCCAGAUUUGGCACGUUUUUCAAAGUUACGCGUGUUAGAUCUUUCCUCUAAUCAACUAAAUGGGUCUGUACCCGAGAGUGUCGGGCAACUCUCUAGCCUUGAAAUAUUAUAUCUCUCCGGGAAUUCUUUGAGUGGUGUCAUAACAGAAGCCCACUUUUUGAACCUCUCUCGUUUACGGGCUUUGGAUAUUUCUGGUAAUCGUUUCUCUAUCAACGUGAGCUCUGAUUGGAAUCCACCAUUUCAACUUGAUUCGUUAGAGAUGUCCUCUUGCAAGGUGGGCCCAGCUUUUCCCAAGUGGAUUCUAACGCAAACAAAUCUUUAUAGGCUUUAUCUUUCUAAUGCUAGACUAUCAGGAUCAUUACCUAUCCAGGUUUGGGAUCUAUUUUCUGGCUUAGAACUAUUACAUCUCUCUAUGAACCAAAUCCAUGGGAAACUACCGAAUCUGUCAUCGACAAGUUUAAGUUAUGUUUACUUGUCUUCUAAUCUAUUUUCUGGCGCGUUGCCAUCAUUUCCUCCUAUGCUCAGGUCUUUGUAUCUCUCGAAUAACAGUUUUUCAGGACCUUUGUCUUCCUUCUGUGCUCCAGAUUUAUGGUUUGUUGACAUUUCUAAGAACCUAUUGUCUGGGGAGCUUCCUAAUUGUUGGAUGCAAUGUCAAGAAUUGGAAGUGUUGGAUUUGGGAAAGAAUAAAUUAUCUGGAAAAAUACCAAGCUGGUUAGGCAAUCUACAGUCAAUUUGGAUAUUGUGUUUACAUGAUAACAACUUUUCAGGAGAAUUGCCUUCUUUAGAGAACUGUAUCGGUUUAGUGAUGGUUGACCUUGGCAACAAUAACCUGUCGGAAAAGAUACCAACAUGGAUUGGCCAAAGACUACCAAACUUGGUGAUUCUACGCUUACGGUCAAAUGAGUUUAAUGGAAUCAUACCCUUCUCCCUGUGCAAUCUAGCUGCCAUUCAUGUUUUGGACCUUUCUCACAACAAUAUUUCAAGAGGCUUGCCAGAUUGCUUCAAUAACAUAACCGCUUUGGCUGAUGAUUCUGGAGUUGAUGGUGAAAUUGUGGAACUUGUGUGGAAAGGAAUAGAAAUUGAGUUUGGGGAAAAUGUUGAGGGUAUGAGAGGCAUUGACAUUUCAAGCAAUUAUUUGGUUGGAGAAAUUCCGGAAAGUAUAACGAGUAUGACAAACUUGAUUUCUCUGAAUCUGUCUAGAAACAUAUUGACGGGAAAGCUUCCUGAAGACUUUGGUAAUAUGAAGAUGUUGGAAUCUCUUGAUUUGUUAAGAAACUGGAUAUCUGGUAAAAUUCCUACAAGUUUUGAAGAAUUCCAUCAGGCACCCAACUUCAGGGUUUUAAUGCUUCUCAAUAUAUGGGAAAUCGUGGACUUUGUGGACCACCGCUGA